UUUUUACACCCAAAUAAAAAGGUCCAAAACUGCCCUAUGCAGCAUUUUCUUCUGCAAGAGUGCUUGAUAUAUUUUGUUCUUUAGACACAUAUCUACACACUACCAAUGGCUCGAUCUGGCAGUAUCAAUUUAAAAAAUGUCUUUUUCGAAAGUAGCGGAUCAUCUGUUCCUAGUUCCAUCUAUAGACUAUCAUCCAUUAAGAAAAACCGAACACCUAGCGUCCAUGGAGGAGCAGGUGGCUCCGGGACCCGAAUUUCAUAUGGCAGUAACUACAGCAGUUCCCUUGGCAGUACUUUGCUACGCAGCACUUCCAUAAAUGAACUGCUGCUUACAAGCAAUGAAAAAACUACCAUGCAGAAUCUGAAUGACCGUUUGGCUGUGUACCUGGAAAAGGUACGCUCCUUAGAAACGUCAAACUCUGUUUUUGAAAGGCAGAUCCGGGAGUGGUAUGAAAAGACUUCCCCUAUUGCUAAGCAAGACUAUAAUGCCUACUUUAAAGUAAUCGAAGAACUUCAAGAUAAGAUUACCAAAGCCCGAAUAGAUAACACUAGGAUCAUAUUGCAAAUUGACAAUUCCAAGUUGGCUGCUGAUGAUUUCAGAGUAAAAUAUGAAACUGAGUUGAGCCUGCGACUAAAUGUGGAAAAUGACACCACAGGAUUACAGGGACUAAUUGAUGAGCUCACACUAGUUAGGACUGAUUUGGAGCACCAAAUUGAAAGUCUGAAAGAAGAACUGGCUUACCUCAAGAAACAGCAUGAGGAGGAAACAGCAAGAUUACAUGGACAGCUGAGAGGAGAUGUUUCUGUGGAGCUGGAUGCUGCUCCAGGCAUUGAUCUGGCCCAAGUGAUGGAAAACAUGCGCCAGCAAUAUGAAAUCCUGGCUGAAAAGAACCGUCAGGAAGCUAAGACUCGGUUUGAUAAACUGAUUGAGCAACUGAAUGUGGAAGUAACCACAACUACCCAUCAACUUGAAACACACAGAAGUGAGAUUACAGACCGGAGAAAUACACUCCAAAGUCUGGAGAUUGAACUCCAAUCUCAACUGAGCUGGAAAACUGAACGAGAGAAUGCAGUGGCAGAAAUUGAAGCUCAUUACAGAACUAUAUUGAUUCAAAUUCAAAUGGCCAUUGGAAAUAUUGAGGCCCAACUAAUGCAGCUGCGGAAUGACAUGGAGCAACAGAGUCUGGAAUACAGCAUCCUCUUGGAUAUUAAAGUCAAGCUAGAAGCAGAGAUUGAAACUUAUCGCCGUCUUCUGGAAGGGGAGAAUUGGAGAAUGAUUGCUUCAGAUUUAGAGACAAGCAAAGAAGUUGAAAAAGAAAAGAAUAAAACUCUGAGGAUCAAGACUGUGGUUGAAGAGAUGGUGGAUGGAAAAGUAGUAUCCUCCAAAGUUGAUGAGAGAGAAGAGAAGAUAUUGAGUUAGCCAUGAAAUAAAUAGCAUGUUAUGUCUGUAAUGAGAAAAAGAAAGAAAAAAUGAUUUCAAAAAUUGUCUUCCUGAAGGAAAAUUCUUUGCUGUCACUUUGAAAUGAUCAUCUCCAAUCCACUAUUCUCCUAAUUUCUACCAUAAGUGUAAGGCAAAAAAUUAAUAUUUUUGCGUUCUACUUAUGGAAGCAAUUAGGAGAAUUUAAAAAGAGAAAUCUGCUCUAAAAGAAUGAUUUCAAUUAUCUUAUUUAUACAUAAUUUUUUUUUAUUUUCUACUUUUGUUAAAAGAACAGAAAGCUCUUUGUUUCUUCAUUGGUUGCAUAAUCGGGCACUUGUGUUAAAACCAUUUGACUCACUGAAUGAUUUCCUCAAUAUUUCCCUUGUGGCAAGGGAUAGGCAGAAGUUUGAGUCCAGGGAACUGCCCCAGAUAUUGGGUAAACCCUCUCAGUUGUGCCCUUGAGCAUGCCUAGCCCUGUCACACACAGCACUUAGCCAUACAUCCAAUCCAUAUCAAUCCACACACAUUGCUUUCUCUUGUAGUCAUCUACAAUCCUUAGUUUUAAAAAUUAAGUAUGACAAAAGGGAAGUCAAGACAUUUUCUUCCCAGCAAAGAAAUAGUUUACUAUUAUUGUAUUCUUACUGCUCUACAUUCGUUGGCUAUACACACACACACACACACACACAGAGAGAGAGAGAGAGAGAGAGAGAGAGAGAGAGAGAGAGAGAGAGAGAGAGAGAGAGAGAAUGAGAUCAAGGGUAAGGCUGGUUUCAUGGGGAAGAUGGAAGAAUUCACCUCACUAUUCAAAACAGGGGACACUAUUCAAAAACAGGGACACUAUUCAAAAAUAGGGGAUGCGGUGGGUCAGGGGCUAGGGCGUUGAGCUUGUUGAUCGAAAGGUCAGCAGCUCGGCGGUUUGAAUCCCUAGUGCUGCCGUGUAACGGGGUGAGCUCCUGUUACUGGUCCCAGCUUCUGCCAACCUAGCAGUUUCGAAAGCACGUAAAAAUGCAAGUAGAAAAAAUAGGGACCACCUUUGGUGGGAAGGUAACAGCGUUCCGUGCGCCUUUGGCGUUGAGUCAUGCCGGCCACAUGACCAUGGAGAUGUCUUCGGACAGUGCUGGCUCUUCGGCUUUGAAACGGAGAUGAGCACCGCUCCCUAGAGUCAGCAACGACUAACACAUACGUGCGAAGGGAACCUUUACCUUUACCUUAUAUUCAAAAACAGCUUCUGAGAUGCAGGCAAUCCAUGAGCUGCAAAUGGAUCAAUCCUGUUUGAGGAAAAAUAUGGGUUGAUUGGUGGUGGAAUAAAUCACUCAUGAUUUAUGUUCUCUUAAUUUUGGCUCCAACUGAAUUGCCUAAUCAGCCAUUUAAUUUAAAAUUGGCAUUCCUAAAUCUUUGGUACUAAACAGAGAUGUGUGUAUACCUGGGCCUUAGAUUGUGGAUUCUAUCUUAAAGUUAAAUAAGAAAAAAAGAACUAUUUUAAAAACAUAAUUAUCUUUUUCUGUAAAUGAUGUUCCUUUAAAAGCUUUUUGUUUAACCCUAUCUUCUUCGUACAAUAUAUGGUAUUUAAUUCUACAACCAAAAAUAUAUAUACUUCAAAAUCGAAUGAUUAUAUCUGAAUUUUUAAAAUUCUGUAAAUUGGGGAAACAUACAUUUAUUUCAUCAGCAAAUUACAAAUCUAGUUACUUUGUGGGAACAGAAGAGAUAUGUGCAUAAGAAUUUUAGUCCAAUAAAUAUGUUGGAAAUAAUUAACAGAGUUGUUGUUUAGAUAGAGAAGAAAUUAUGAAUUACAAAAAGCACACUUUGCAAACAUUAUCUGUAGAAAUAUUCUUACUCUUUAAUUAAAUGUUAUGUAUGGUGGAAUGUUAAGAUAUUGAUUUGACUUACUAGCUACAUAUUGACUGGUUUAAUAGAUCAUGUUAUGCUUGACUUGAUAUUUAUCUAAAAACGUAUCCAUAACCCACUUUAAUCAAAGAAAUAGAAGUAGGAGGAACUUGGGGGGAAAUGAUCAUUUAAUUCAGGAGUAUUUUUAGAGAAAUUGCAUGGCUGCUAAGAGUCAAUACCGAUUUGAUGGCACAUAAUAAAAGCUGAUUUUCCUAAAAUACAUAUCUUAUACUUUUAAAAAUGAAUUAUAAUAAACUUAUUGCUCUGAUAAAUUUAUUAUUGGAAAUAAUAAGCAGAAAAGCUAAUGGGAAAAGAUACUCAACAGGAAAUGGGAAAAGAUGCUUAAAAUAUGUGAGAGUUCAUAAGGAAAUAGAAGCAACUUAGAACUAAGGAGAAAUUUCCUGACAGUUAGAACAAUUAAUAAGUGGAACGACUUGCCUGCAGAAGUUGUGAAUGUUCCAACACUGGAAAUUUUUAAGAAAAUGUUGGAUAACCAUCUGUCUGAGAUGGUGUAGGGUUUCUUGCCUGGGCAGGGAGUUGGACUAGAAGGCCUCCAAGGUCCCUUCCAACUCUGUUGUUAUUAUUAUUAUUAUUAUUAAUAGAUAUUAAAAACAUCUAAGGGGAAAUUAACGCAUACUAAAUUAAAAACAGUUAACAUUGCCUGGUGACUCAUAAAUAUUAACAAAGAGUGUUGAAAAGCAGACAAGAAGCAAUUAGAGGAAUUGAAUAGAAAGGGAGCAGAACUGGAGAAAAAAACUAGCUUUAGGCAACAGGAGAUGGAUCCAAAUUUUGAGAGGGGAAUAGGCUAAUUAUGGCUAAUAGCAUUAUGGCAAAUUCAUAGCAUAGAGAUCAUUUUAAUAGACAGCACCACACAAUAUUUA